AGUUUCUGUCGCUGAGGGGAAGCCCCAGUGUGGGUGGCCGCUGCGUCCAGGCCCCCGAAGGUGGCCUCUGCCCCUCGAGCCCGCCAUGCCGCAGGGCCCAGAGACCCCGGUGCAGGUGUGGGUGGGCAGCCAACUCUUCCAGGCAGACCGGGCCCUGCUAGUGGAGCACUGCGGCUUCUUCCGCGGCCUCUUUCGCUCGGGCAUGCGGGAGGCGCGCGCUGCAGAGGUGCACCUGGGCGCGCUGAGCCCAGACGGCUUCCACACCACGCUGCGGGUGCUGCGCGGAGAGCGUCCAGCGCUGGCGGCUGCCGACGAGCUGCUGCAGGCCGUGGAGUGCGCCGCCUUCCUGCAGGCGCCUGCGCUGGCGCGCUUCCUAGAGCACAGCCUCACGUCGGAGAACUGCGCGCUGCUGUGCGACGCGGCCGCAGCCUUCGGCCUACACGACGUCUUCCACAGCGCCGCGCUCUUCAUCCGCGACGGCGCCCUCGAGCUGGCGGCCGAGCUGGCGCUGCCCGAGGCCCGCACCUACGUGGCGGAGCUGCGACCCAGCAGCUACGUGGCCGUGAGCACACAUGCGCCGGCGCCCGGCUUCCUGGAGGACCCUUCGCGCACCAUGUGCUACCUGGAUGAGGAGGAGGACACCUGGCGCACGCUGGCCGCGCUGCCCCUGGAGGCCAGCACGCUCCUGGCCGGUGUGGCCACGCUGGGCAACAAGCUCUACAUUGUGGGCGGUGUGCGGGGCCCCAACAAGGAGGUGGUGGACCUGGGCUUCUGCUACGACCCCGACGGCGGAACGUGGCGCGAGUUCCCCAGCCCCCACCAGCCGCGCUACGACACGGCGCUGGCCGGCUUCGAGGGCCACCUCUACGCCAUCGGGGGGGAGUUCCAGAGGACAGCUAUGAGCUCAGUGGAGCGCUACGACCCGGCCUCGGGCUGCUGGAGCUUCAUGGCCGACUUGCCGCAGCCAGCUGCCGGCGUACCCUGCGCACACGCCCGCGGCCGCCUCUUCGUGUGUCUGUGGCAGCCGGCAGACACGACGGCCGUAGUGGAGUACGCUGUGCGGGCUGAUGAGUGGCUGCCCGUGGCCGAGCUGCGGCGCCCACAGAGCUAUGGCCACUGCAUGGUGGCCCACCGCGACAGCCUCUACGUGGUGCGUAACGGACCUAAGGAUGACUUCCUGCACUGCGCCAUCGACUGCCUCAACCUAGCCACGGGCCAGUGGACAGCGCUGCCCGGCCAGUUCGUCAACAGCAAAGGCGCGCUCUUCACUGCCGUGGUGCGCGGCGACACCGUCUAUACAGUCAACCGCGUGUUCACCCUGCUCUAUGCCAUCGAGGGCGGCUCCUGGAGGCUGCUUAGGGAGAAGGCCGGCUUCCCACGGCCCGGUUCCUUGCAGACCUUUCUCCUGAGGCUGCCUCCCGGUGCCCAGGGUCCUGUGGCCUCGACAACACCAGAACUGUGAUCCUUAGGCUGGACUUUCGGACUAGAUGCCCAGAGUCUUCUGUGAGCUAUGGCUGAGUCUAUGAGAGUGACCUUAGGAGCUGCCGGGAACUUCAGGCCCUGGUUGAGAUGUCCAGGGUCUUGUGACUUCUGGUUGUGUGAAGGUAUCCAAGAAUCUCAGGAAGCAUCACUCGGGAUCUUAACCCUCAAAUUACUUGGGCUCUCUUGAGAGCUGGUGGGUCACAAUGUCAGUGGAAGGGUUGGGGGAUAGGAUUUCAAUAAUCCAGGCUUGUGUGUGAAAGGGCCAGUAAUUGAGGACUGGCUGGGAGUGGGUUAAGUGAUGUUAAUGAAACUGCCAGUCAAGUAAGAAUUAGGCACCUACUGUGUACUCAGCACAGCACUGGGCCUAAUGUGAUUGUAGUUACCAGACAGGGGUUCAAAAGCUUCGAGUCUAGCCCAGAACAACAAAGGGUUUACAUGCACUUGUCUCGAUCCACAGAGGGUUGAAGGCAACUUAGAAAAACAAACAAGAAACAAACCCUGCAAUAUAAUCAAACAAAGUACUGAAGCAAUCAGGACAAAGGGAAAAUAGGGAGAGGGAAAAUACGUUAUUCCAGGCAGGAGGGUAGUAAACAAACUGUAUUAAGACGGACAGGAUAAUUAGCUGCUGAAGGGGGAGAUUCAGAAGAGGAGAGACAGGGAAAGCUGGGCAGAUGGGAAGAGUCUGUGAGCCCUGCCUUUGAGGCAGAGCAGCUGUAGAUGGAGGCCUCUGGGGAGGCUUCGAGGCUGGCCUGGCCUGUGGAGAGAGAAACUGAGCUGCACCUGGUGUGAGACCUGUGAGGGAGAAUGGGAUUCCCCGCACCGUUUAACGGGAUGUGGGCCCACAGGAGAGAACCCAGUCAGAGGUCUCUUACCCACUGCCUUUUCUGUCAUCACCCCAGGGGCAGUGGACUGUUAAUUUUCAUGACUGCAGGUUACUCAAAGUAUGAGCCCAAUUUAGAGCAGGUCUGAUGGUGGCUCUGCUGGUAAAGAAGCCGCCUGCCAAAGCAGGAGACAUGGGUUCGAUCCCUGGGUCAGGAAGAUUCCCUGGAGAAGGAAAUGGCAACCCACUUCAGUAUUCUUGCUUGGGAAAUCCCAUGGACAGAGGAGCCUGGUGAGCUACAGUCCAUAGGGUUGCAAAAGAGUCAGAUAGGACUUAGUAAAUAAAUAAGCAGCCUCCAUUGCUGCCAUUCACUGAACCUGGAAUGCCUUUCUGUCUCUCUGUUGCCUCUGUACCUACCUCCUCUGUGCAGGGUUGGCUGUUCCCAACCUUGAUUGCCUGCAUUGCUCAUUGGACCCCUGGCUGACGUCAUUGUCUGUGUGUGUAUGUGCACAUUCAUGCAGCUGUGCACAUAUGCAGAUAGCAAGAACAGAGAUUUAUUGUGCUGUCAGCUGAGCUGGGGCACUUUCCUACCUGCAGAAUCAAAUGAUGAGGUCCUACAAAUGAACAUAUCUAUGAAACAGAAGUAGGCUCACAGACAUAGAGAACAGGCUUGGGGUUGCCAAGGAGGAGGAGGGUUUGAAAGGGAAGGAUUGAAAGUCUGGGUUUAGUAGAUACAAACUAUUACAUACAAAAUGGAUAAGCAACAAGGUCAUACUUAUGUAUAGCACAGAGAAUUAUAUCCAAUAUCCUGUGAUAAAC